GCUCUGCACAGUGCUGUACUGCGAGCGCCAGGAUGCCCGACACCAUGCUGCCCGCCUGCUUCCUCGGCCUGCUGGCCUUCACCUCUGCUUGCUACUUCCAGAACUGCCCGAGGGGUGGCAAGAGGGCCAUGUCCGACCUGGAGCUGAGACAGUGCCUCCCCUGCGGCCCCGAGGGCAAAGGUCGCUGCUUCGGGCCCAGCAUCUGCUGCGGGGACGAGCUGGGCUGCUUCGUGGGCACAGCUGAGGCGCUGCGCUGCCAGGAGGAGAACUACCUGCCGUCGCCCUGCCAGUCGGGCCAGAAGCCGUGUGGGAGCGGGGGCCGGUGCGCGGCCGCCGGCAUCUGCUGCAACGAAGAGAGCUGUGUGAGCGACCCAGAGUGCCGCGAGGGCUUUCGCCGCCGAGCCCGCGCCAGCGACCGGAACAACGCCACGCAGCUGGACCGGCCCACGGGGGCCCUGCUGCUGCGGCUGCUGCAGCUGGCGGGGGCGCCCGAGCCCGCCGAGCCCAUCGAGCUCGCCAAGCCCGGCGCGGACUGA